AUGAAUAGUCUUCGAAGAUUAAGAAAUUCCUUAAAACGAUCAAAUUCUAAACGUGGAAAAAAUAAUCAAACUUUUAUUUAUACACCUUUACCCGACGGUAAAUUAGGUUACAUAAUUGAACAUCGACAAAAUCAUCAAAUAUUUUAUUAUAAAUAUCGAGAAAAUUUAGAUGGAACAUUAACAAAAUAUGGAUAUGUAAUUAAUAAUGUAAAUACUAACGACAGAAAUAAUAAUAAUGGAGGACACGUAGGACAUGGACACGGGGAACAUAGAGUAUAUAAUAAAUCAUAUAAUUCAAGUAGUAAUAAAAUAAGUAAAGAACUCUGGUCAAAUAAAGAUAAAGAUUGUAUAUUUUAUCAAACAGUAGCAGAUAAAACACAAAUCGAAUUAGAACGUCGAUGGUUAAAUGAAAUUAAAAUUAAAGGUAGAUUGGAAAUGCCUACAAUAAUUGAUGACGAAGAUUCAGGUGAAGAAUACAAAGAAUGGGUUGAUAUAUUACAACAUAAUAAUAAAGUUUAUGUAUCUGAUAGCAUACAACGUAGAAGAGUUGCCGAAGUAUUAUCAAAUGUUGAAAAAUGUUGCGGAAUGAAUAAUAAUAAUUUAGAUAAUCACGACGACAACGAAGUAGAAAGAAGACUUGGAUUAAAUCAAUUACCACCACUUACCACUGCUCCAUUAUUACCCAUUAUCGCAACUCAAAUAAAAACAAAUCCCUCAAUUGCCAACAAAUUAUCUUCUUCGUCGUCGUCAUCACCUUUAAAUCCUCAUAAUUCACCUCUUUCUCGUCCCAAACAAGCUCAUAUUAAUCAUAAAUCUACUGAUUCCGUUUCUACUACACCUUUAACUUCAUUACCUCAACAUGUAUUAAAAAAUUAUAUUGUAUUUACUCCUCCCAUAUCUCCUCAAACACCUCCUUCUACUCCUAUAGAUUUAAUUAAUGCAGCUGCAGCUUCACAAAAUAGUUUGAUAAAUAUUAAUGUUCGAAAACGAGGAGGUUCUGAAAAACAACGACAAUUAAAACGAUUCGAUCAAUUAGAAAAAGAAAAAGAAAGAAAAAGUGAAAAUAGUGAUGAAAAUAAUGAUUUUAAUUAUAUUGAGAAUGAACAAGAUUCAACAACUAGUAAGAAACCAAAAAAAUUAAUACAAUUAAUACAUCCUAAAUUUAGUAGAAAUCCACCACAAGUACAUAUUUUUGAUCCUGAAGAUAGCUUAUUCUUCAAGAAUUGUCGAUGUGAACAUUGUUUAAUUGGUGAUUAUAAUGAAUAA